UUUCAUAGAAUCAAUUGAUAGGAAAGAAAAGAAAUAAUAAAAGAAGGACAGUUGAGAUUUUAGGAGAGAGAGAGAGAGAGGAUGGAGAAUCUCUGGCGAAUCGCUACAGGCCAGGACCCGAACCGGCAAGAUUACGAAGGAAUAGAGUUCUGGUCGAACCCGGAGCGAUCGGGGUGGCUCACAAAGCAAGGCGAUUACAUCAAGACCUGGCGCAGACGGUGGUUCGUGCUCAAGCGAGGGAAGCUCCUGUGGUUCAAGGAUCAAUCCUCGGCCUUAACCCGCGGAUCUAUCCCGCGUGGGGUGAUCUCGGUGGGAGAUUGUCUCACCGUGAAAGGAGCUGAGGACGUGGUGAACAAGCCUUUCGCCUUCGAGAUUUCGAGCGGGAACAUCACCAUGUUCUUCAUAGCUGAUAACGAGAAGGAGAAGGAAGAGUGGAUCAACUCUAUUGGAAGGUCCAUCGUGCAGCACUCGAGAUCGGUUACUGAUUCUGAAGUCCUUGAUUAUGAUCAAAGGCGGUGACUUCUUUUUUUUACCUCUAAGCUAUGUUUGAUUCCGUUUAUUGUACCUGUGUAUGUAUGUAUGCCUUUCUCAAGUUCUUGAUCCGACUCUCUAUCUCUUGUGUUAUGGUUUCUGUAUCUGAUUCUAUUCCCUUGUGAACAAGUUUUUGUCCUUUCAGCUUCUAUAUUUGCUUAACCUUGAUCGAUUCAUCAA